AUGCCACUCACCUCGCAGCCUGUUGCGCAACUUCGUUCUCUUCUACGAGAUCACAACAUCUCCAUCGCGGACCUUGUCGUCGCAUUCGUUGCUAGUGAAUCGACGAAUACGAACGUAGGCGAUGCAGCCAAUACCACGACAACAAUCAUGGACAGCUUGAUUUCGCACCCUGCAUCAGUUGCGGAUAUUCGGCAGUGGGCAUGUCGAACCGCGUCGCAAAUCUAUGCAGAUCAAGUUGCUGAACUGUCGAGGAAGGCAGCUGGGCUGCAUUUCGGAGCAUCAAAGGCUACGGCAUUGUCAUUGCAGGAGUUCGACUUGGACGAGCUUGCUGAUCUCUUUCACAGUCAUGCGCCAGAUUUGUGGAGAUGCUAUGACCAGUUGCUCAGCGCGGAUCCAUCGAUAAAUCGACAACGUGAGAGGCGCCAGCAGGAACGCUACGAAACGAGAAUAGCUGCGCGCGAAGCAGCUCUGGCGCAGUUCUGUCCGGCGGAUGUCGACCUAUCGGAGGACGUUGACGCAGACUCGGAGAGCGACGACGACGAAGAGGGUGACCGGGCACAUGAGGGCAGAGUGUCUAUCUCAACAAUUCGGAAGGUUGUAAUAAUGUGCAUCAUGUUGUUAAACACCAACCAACGUUGCAAUUCUUUCCAAUGCAUGAUAGGACUGUUCCUUCAUUCAUGCAACACCCCGGAAGAUGUUAUUGAGACACUCGCACGUCUUGGUAUCUCCGUGACACCAACCACAAUCAAUGACGCCAUUACGAGCCUAUCAAAAGAGUCGACACAUGACUUGAAGCAAGUAGGGAGAACACUCACGGCAGGAUUUGCCUACGAUAAUGUCGACAUCGAACUGAAACAUACGGUGCCAACACUUGAGAAGCCGCAUGAGACACUGGUUCACUUAACGUCCGGAACACUGAUUCCGUUGGAUCAUGGUGUGCUUCGAGAGGACCUUGAUUGCUCCAAAGAGCUCUGGGAAAGGUCGUUCCUCAACCGCGACAGACAGGGCCAUGAGCCGUUUGUUAGUGAGGACAAACUCCUUGACCUUCACCCAGAGGAGGAGGACCAUCCAUCGCAAUUGUUGCGCCGCGAGCGCUUUUGGGCCUGGGUGUUUCGUCGUGAUCUCCUUCGGCAUGGACCAAAAGAAUUUUCGAAGUUCUUCAAGGAUCUAGGAAAGCCUGAGGUGGUAACAGAAAUCCCGCUAGUGAAAUCGACACAAGUACCUGCACGGAUGAUGGAUAUCAGCCCUUCCACUCCACAGGGAAACGGUGAAGCACUUGCUGACUUAUUCAAGCAAGCGAACAUUGGCGACCCUGCAGAAGACGGAGCGAGUGAAGUCACAGAUAUCAAAAACUACAUCACAUUGGUUCAUGGGGACUUGCUUACCGGCGAGCGAAUCCAGAGCUUUCAGGCGUCACGAUCGGUAGAGAAGACACCAUGGCAGAGGCGCCAGUGUGUCAUCUACUUGAUGGGGAUGUUCCACUUGAAGAUGGCAUGUGCCGACGCUAUCUGGCGGAUUUGUAUUGAAAACAAGGAUGCGCGCAAGGACCCGUCAAGUCUCAUCAAGUUCGUAGGCAUCUUGCGCAAAAAGGAGACCGCAAAGAUCGAAACGAAGCCGGGGUUUAGGCGCAUGCAUGAAGUGAUCGAGCAUGUAGGGAUUGUGUCGCGGUUGAACUCGUGGAAAGUGGCUACGUCUCGGAGGUAUCAGACAGCCACGCUCGAGGAAUUCGCAAAGAAAGGGCCUACCUGGGAAGAGAUCGAAGAUUUGUCCCUUGAACUAGCUAAGAACUUUGUUGCAAGUCCGGACUUCCAUGAAAUGCGCCAACAGAACCCUGGGGAACGCGACCAGGUCAAGGAAAACAGUCUACUUCAGCAAGAAUACUUUUUACUCUACGAAGAACUCACGUAUGCGAUGAACGAGGGUGAUAUUGGCCGUCUCGAGUCUUGCUUCAUGCCGUGGGUAUUCAUUUUCCGAGGAUGCGGAAAGCACAAGUAUGCGACACAACUGGUGAAAUACUUACGCGACAUCCAUUUUGUGUAUGCACGUUUCCCCCGUUUGCAACGGGCGAUAAGAAUGAACAUACUAUGCAAUCCUACAGGCCGAGCUGGGCAUUUCCGGGGGGUAGAUUGGUGGGUUGAACAUAACAACCUUUACCUGAAACGGAUCUACGGUGGUAAGUAUUCAAACCAUACCAAGGCGCGAAUCCUCAAGGAGUCGCCUCUUAUCGAGACGUUCAAGAACAUCCGGAUCCAGAUGGGGAAAAUGCUCCGACUUGACCAUCGAACGAUUAAGCAUUCUCCUGCAAAGUUAGCAACCGCGUUCAAAGCACUUGGGGUGUAUAUGGAUGAGAUUAGGGCAAAUGAGUUUGUCGAAGGACGGAAAGCGAGUUAUUGUAUUCCCGAUAAGAAAAGUGAGGGUAUGCACUUGGGGUUGAUAAAGGAAGCCAAGGGAAUUAGAGGGGAAGUAGUAGGUGGGGUGGGAACCGAGCACAUGGAAGAAACACACAGUGACAAAAGAGUGGGAAAUGGUGGCGACGAAAUUAACGACAAUGGAGAUAGUGGUGAAGAAGAUAGUGGCGAAGGAAGAGAAGAAUUGGACGAAGCUGAAUUAGAGGUUGAGGACGAUGGCGACUUGGAUGUUUAG